GAGGAGGAUGAGGUGGAGGAAAGAAGAGAGAAAUCUAAAAGAGAUAAGAAGAAGAAAAAAUGUGAGAUCAAGAAAAUAAUAUAUUUUUUUCGUCUCGUCUCGUUAAACUUUUUUGUGUGUGUGUGUGUGUGUGUGUGUUCUUCUCCCUGA